AAGUGGGCUGUAGAGUAGUCCGCCUCCUCGCGGUACAGCCUGGGUAACGCUAAAUGGACUACAAAAUCGUCACGUCGGAUGACCCUCCCCAUCUCGGAACGAAUCUCUGAGUCGCCUGUCUGCCUGCCUCCGGUGUGGCAGUAAUGGCGGCGACGAAGGAAGAACCGACAACGGAGGGAACUCCUACCGUGAAAGCUUCCUACCGGAACAUCGGACUGUUCUGGUCCGUGCUUCGCCGGCGCAAACGGAGCGACUUAUUUCACUCCUACUUCUCUCUCUUUCUUUUCUUCUCUUCUAGCAGAUAGACAAGCGGAUGCAACUAAACGUUCCGGCCCACAAAUAGAGACACACUUACACAUCUCAGUUGGGUGUAGCAGCAGUGGCACUCUGGAGUUGUUUGGAUAUAGUUGUCUUCCGCCGGUGGGAAGUUGGUUUCUCCUUCGGAAGGAAUUUUCUCAACUGGUUUUAGCAUUGUCGUCCCCGUUUCUCCUCUAGUGUGUCCUUUCGAGCGAUGGGAUGGCGUCAGGAUGAGCCAAUAGGGUUGAGACUCUGAUCCUAGCGGUGAUUCCGAAUCGUGUCUCUGAGUUCGGUAGGAAUUGCGUUGUCUCUCACUAAACGAGUCUUGGACCAGCAUUUUUCGAUCUAGUUCAAAAUUUUAUUCAAUCUUAUCGAUUUGAAUUUGUACUGAAAAAAACUAUAGGAACUGGUAUUCUUAGGAAGUCUCAUUCUUAGUAAAAGAGAAAUAGUUAAUAUAUUAGAAACAGUUAUUUUUUAAAUAUUAUCCAUGUAGUCCUCGUGGUUUUCACUACUGGAAUCAUUAUAUAAGGAUCUCUUCGUUGAAAAAAAAAAAAUAAUCAUGGCGAUUUGAAUGGCAAUAGGUUGUAUAAACGGACUACCUAUGACCAAAACUGAUGCCUUCUACUCUGGGGCAAGUUUGGCGGAUCUGUAGCUCUAUUUUUUGGCUAGCUCCGUCGUUUGAUUUCUCCUGUAUCAAAGUUAGAAAAGAAUAAAACAAAAUUAAAAACAACUUCUUUGAAAGUAUAUACAUUCAAGAAGCAUUCAUUCACAGCAAACAACAUAGAUUAGGUAGAAAAUUUUGAUGUUACACCAAAGAGAUGUUAUUAAUAGUCUAAUAAGAAAUCGCGAUGAAUCGAUGUCUAGGUAAAUGAUCACACACAACUGAUUGAACCUGAUCGGAGGUAGAACAUUUUUGCUACAGUUGUCGGUAAAAAUCUUUCAAAGAAACAAUAUCAUAUUUCCGUACCUAAGUUGAUACAAAAACGAGCCCUCGAGUGGUAGCGAAUCAGUUGGAGUGUAAGCGUACUAGUGGUUUCGUUAGCUUUGAAAGUUAGUUCGAGGACUGUUACUUAAGAAAAAAAAAUCCGCAACUUUAGACAUCAGCGUCAAGUAAGUAGUUUCUGUUUUUUUUUCCUACGGAUUCAUAUCUGUGUCGAAGUGAUGAAAACCAUUAUGGAAAAACGUGUGUGAAUACUUGUUAUUUUUUACAAGUUAUAGUGUUGAACGGACCCGCCUUGAAGUUUGUGAAUUUAUUUGUUCUACUUUAUUCAUUGAUUGAAACAGGUAUAAUUUAAAACAAGUGUUGGAUAUAAUUAAGUAUGGGUAAUUCUUUCAAAGUUUGAGCUUUAGUGACGAAUCAAGUCAAUUGUAUUCAGGUUUCAGUCAAAGGCCCAUUAGUGCUAUUACACUAACAUCAAUUUUAAAAGAGUUCGUGUUAUCUGACAUAAAAGGUCGUUUGGCAUAGAGACAGUUGACAUUCUUCAAAAUCGUUGGAAAGAGUUUCGUGUUCUGCAAUUUCAACACUACCAAUAAUUUACACAUCUACUUUUUUGCCAUAAGAAUCGUAAAAUCAAUAUCCUAAGUUUUUGGUAAUAUUUUCGAAAAAUGCUGGUCUGAGUAUGUUUGGUGGAAUCCCCCGUAGCUGUAUCUAUAUCUAGAUAUAAACUAAAUCAAUAAGUCGAAAUGUUUCAACUCGUUCCUUUGCUUUUGGUUUCCCCUAAAUGACGUAGAGUCGUUUCUCACAAGAUCAUUUGGCAUAAUAAGUUGAAUAUCUAAAACCAUUGGGUUUGAGGUAUUCGAAAUCACUUGUCAUGUGACUUUAUGUUAAACAAUCUAACGUAAUAAGGGUCCUCUCAUUUGACCUAAUGGAUAUCUGCUCCGUUGGUCAUAAGUACUUCCCACAAUAGUUAUCACUUUUCUUCUAGUUUCCGUUCCCAAUUGGUCGCUGACUCUUACGCACCUCCAGAGUUGACAUCAGCUGAUCGGACCGGAACCUUUAGUCUCAUCACCUAGCCCGACGGACCCGGAUGUCACUAAUUUUUGGAUUCUCCCUGUUUUCGUCAACAGCAUAUACACAGUAUAACCUCUAACUAGCAACCAUCGCCACACCAUGAGCACUCCAGCUACCGAGCCCAAGCCCGCCGAGGAACAGCAAGUUCCGACGGCCGAAGUGAAGCAGGAAGAAACUGAACCCAUUACUACAGCUUCGUCCGAGGCUGCCGCAGAGGCUUCUUCCGCUGGUGCGGAGCCGUCCGCAAUGGAGGUGGACGCCUCGAAGACCGAGACGAAAACUGAAGCCGCUUCCGGUGAGGAGGCCAAACCCGCCGCAGAGGGUGAAGCCGCAAAGACCGAGGACGCCAAGGCGAAGCCGGAGAGGCCGAUUCGCCUAAACGGUGCCGCCCGGAAGCGCUUCAGGUGGUUGCUAGACCAGGGCUACUCGAAGGAAGAGGCCGCCGAGCUGGCCAAGGAACCGCUGAAGACUAAAGAGCUUCGGGACCGGUUCAACGCCGACACCAAGAAGGGACCGAAACCGAAAGACGAAAAGGUCAUCGAAGCCGAAGUCAAGAAGUUGGCGCCCGCCGAAAAGAAACGCUUCACGUGGCUGUUGCAAAACGGUCACACCGAGGAGGAAGCCCUCGAGGUUAUGCGCAAGAAGCGUAGUACCGCUCCCAAGCGUAACCUCGCGUCGUCGUCCGCUGGCGGUCCACCGAUGAAGAUGGCCAGAUCACAGCCUGCCGAUGUUUUGCCUGGAGCUUUGGCAAUGGCAGUUCUUGCCAAGGAUUUCCCGAAACAGACCCUGACUCAUGUACAAUCGAACGAGGUCAAGGCCGCCAUCCUGAAGGAAGUGGUCCAACAGAAAGAUUCCGAAACCAAGCCUCGGUUCGAGAGCUGCACCUUCGUCAAGGCCGGUUAUCUACGGGUCAAUUGCUCCGAUGCCCCUACCCGUCAAUGGCUUCAUAAGAUCGUUGGUAAAUUAGGCGUCCCGGAAGGAAUUCCGCUGAAAAUGGUCAACGAAAGAAAUCUGCUCAAGGGUGGUGACAUCUACACCGGCGUGUUUCCCGAUAGCAAGAAAGAGAACAAUGAAGCCAUUUUGGAAUUUGUUAAAAGCCAGAACGAUGGUCUAGAUAUUUCCAAGUGGAAGGUUCUUUCUCGCAAGGAACUUCCGAACAAACAAGCCGUUGAGUUGAUGUUCUCGGUGGACCAAGCAUCUGCCAAGAACAUUCAAAACCUGGCCAACGAGUUGAACUACAAGUUCAACAAGGUCCAGUUGAAGAAGCAAGCCAAGCCAGGCGAUACGCAAGGCCCGGCCGCCAGCAACAGAAAUGCCGUCGCAAGACCCGGUGGGGCCGGUGGUAGAGCCAUGGGUCCACCCCAGCGAAGAUUUGUUAACCAGCCAAGGCCGAAUUCGAACUCGUUCGUUUCGGUUUGGGACAACAACCGCAGUAAUCAGUAUGACAGCAUGCGUUCAAACUCUUUCAACUCGUCCGGUAGUGGAAACAACUGGGCCAACGGAAGUGGACAGAACUCUUUCGGGAUGGGUAAUCUUGGAAACAACAACGGCUUUGGGUUGGGAGGCUUAAGCUCCUUGGGAGGUGGAAAUAAUUCCUUCGGAGGCUUAGAUUCCUUCAGAGGUUCCAACUCCUUCGGAUCCGGUAACAACUCCUACGGAAACGGAAACAAUUCCUUCGGGGGUGGUUCCAACUCCCUUGGAGGGUCGAACAUGAACCUGUACAGCAGACGCAAUGGCGGCGGUGGCGGCAGUGGUGGUAAUCAAUCCAACGGUAUCAGCAACCGUGCCUUCAAUUUGUCCGCCAGUUUGUACGAUCAGCUGAAGCUCAUCGGAAGCAGUGGCGCUGUUGACAAUGGCAACGGUUUUGGGUCAUCGCGCCGCACCGGAGGUGGUGGUGGUGGUGCUGGUGGUAACACUGGUAACUCAUCAUCGCGCCGUACCGGUGGCAACAACAAUUCACGGUCUCGCAAUGCUGGUGGCAACGCUGCCGGAAAGGCGACCUCCAACCAAACCAACACCAUGGGCAAACGAAACUUCUUCACUACCACUAGGACAGGUUUCUUCUAAGGAAGAACGAUUUUUAUUGAGGACAGUGCGAUGCCUCGAUAUUCAUUGGUGUGAAUUUUCUUUUAAUUGAUUCUCCAUUAAUCAUAAAUCAUUUGAACUACAAAUACAUAAUGAAUGUGUACUCUGAAUAUCUGACAAGAAUAAACUUAAUCUUAACCCUACCAUAAA